UGCAAACGCUCUCUUUAAAGACGGCUAUAUGUAAUUGGCACAUUCAUGACAUUUUGAGAACAAACACAACAUUUCAAAAAAAAAAUAGAUGAAGAAGAAGAUCCAUGGAGGAGACAAAGAGAAGGAGGAGAAGGAGAAGAGGAAUAGAAAGAAGAAGAAGAAGAAGUGCAGGGCAAAGGCAGCGAAGUGGAGGUGAAGGCAGCGAAGCAGAAGUGACGCAGGCGGAGCGGCGAAGGCAACUUGCGGUGGAGAAGUCGACGUCGUGCGAUGGAAUCGGCAGAUCUUAGGGGAGAUGAUGAGAAGGAAUCUAUCGAUUAUAUGGCUGCAGGGGUAAAAAGAAGAUUAAAUGGCUUAAGGGGUAAAUUUGGGAUGCCAAUUUUCGUAUGUUUAAGAACAAAGGAAAAAAACUUAGUAAAUUGGUGGGGGUCUCUUCUCGUAUUUCUCCCGUUUCUCCGUUUCUCCCUUCUCAGAAAGAGAAGCUCUCUUUCUCGCUCCAGCAAAUCGAGAGAGGAUGUUGGGGUCUGGAGUAGGUCCGAUGUUGGAGGUUUUGGAGUUGCAGCGGCGAAGUCGCGGGCCGGAGGUCCGAUUCUGGGUGAGGCGCCCAAGGUGAGGUGUUGUCCCCGCCUGUAAUGAGUCGCUGCCACCGUGCUGAAGCAGCCAUAAACUCCUCGGUUGGAAUCUCAGCCUUUGCCGCCUGGUUUUGAACUCCAGUGGUGUUCGUUGGCAGGCCCACCUUCACAGAACAUAUUAGGUGAUGGUCUGCUUUCUCCUCGGUAGUGGUGCGACCAGCAAGCCAAAGCAGAUAGAGACUCUACCUCCGGCAACCCCGUUUCUGGCAUUGUCACCGGCAGUAUUGCCGGAUAUCCCUUGGUUCACGUUCGGCAAAUAAUCAACACCUUACAUAUAUAGUGCUCGUCUCAGCCGAAGAAGAAGUCGGUAGCCCACCACAAGAAGACUCAGCCGGAAAAGUCCCUACGGGUGAUAAGUUGUAUGUGGGUGAAAAUUUUGGAUGACGUAAACACAUCAACCCUCUCUAAAGAUGGUCUCAGGUUCUUAUUUAUGGUCAUAACGUAACUAAGAAUCUAUAUGAAUUCUAAUAGAAAUUGAAAUCUGAAUGACAAGAAAGAAGAAUCGAUUUGCACAGAGAGCUAAUUCGUAAUCUAUGAAGAUAGAUUGCGGAGAAGAGAA